CUUUGUGUCCACGUCCUCUGCUUCCUGUUUAUUGUGACCGUCUCCGCCGCCGGCCUGUGGCUCCUCCCCCUCUGCUCUCCUGGUUCGUGAUGGAGGACUCGGAGACAGAGCUGACGGUGUCGGAGUCCGACGCUCUGGGCGCCGACUUCAUCACGGUGGAACUGGACACGCAGCCCAUCGAGUACGUGGUGAAGUGGGCCGAGGUCGGGUCCAAGUUCACCAUCUCCUGCGUGAAGAAGGACUCGGACGACCCGUCGGACCUGACGGCCGACCAGCUGAAGAUCGAGACGGACGAGGCGUUCUUCGCUCCGUACGAGGAGGUGUUCCCCUGCGAGGUGACGGAGCAGAGCGUGGAGAUAAAGACCGACUCUGACGACGAUGACGACGACACCGGGGAGGAGCACGAAGUUCUGGUGGAGGCGGGGAGUAGCCAACUGGACGGUGAGGCUGACUCAGACCAGGCUGACUUUGAGCCGGACGAGCGGCAGUAUCGCUGCAGCUACUGCGGCAAGUGCUACAGCCACGCCUCCAGCCUGUACCGCCACCAGCAGACGCACACGGGGAAGAGCGGCGGAGCGGCGCCGCCCGCCAAACAGGCGCUGGAGCCGACGCAUCAGGAUGCUCGCUACACCUGCCCCCACUGCGGCAUGAGCUUCAAAGGCAGCAGGAUGUUGGGUAGUCACCUGCGGCUGCAUGGGAAGCGGCGGAUUCACCCCUGUAACAUCUGUGGGAAGGAGUUCAACCACAGCUCCAGUCUGUCACGUCACCGUCUCAUCCACAAGAAAGGGAAAGGAAUACCCAAGGACGUCGGUGCCGCUGCCCUGCGCCACUCGCUGAAGACCGGCGGCAAGAACAAGAAGACCAAGAGGCAGCAGCAGCAACACGUGGCGGCUGCCAUCGUUCAGAGUCAGGCCGGCGACAAGUUCUACGCCUGCCCGCAGUGCGACAUGAGCUUCAGGACAUCCACUCAGUUGUCCAAACACCAGGUGACGCACGUCAAGGAGCUGCUGGACAACUACACGCCGGGGAAGGAGAACCUGGCCGAGACCUCGUCCGACCUCAAGAUCCGCCUUAAGCUCUGCUCCCGGGACAAACCCAACUUCUACACCCUCUGUAAGAAGAACCGCCGUCGCCGGGGGGGGCGCGCCGGGAAACAGGGCUCCGCUGCCCCCGAAGAGGAGGAAGGGGGAGGAGGGGGAGGAGGGGGAGGAGCCGGUCGCCAUGGCUGCAGCCAGUGUGGGAAGCGGUUCAGCCACGCCUCCAGUCUGGCACGCCACCAGCAAACCCACAGGGCGGGUGACGGCGGCGGGCGGGGAAAGCUGCAGCAGCACCAGAAGCAGGUCCACAUCAAGUCCGGACACCCGGCCGCCAAAACCAAGACGUACACCUGCUCCGCCUGCAACAAGACGUUCAUGCACUCGUCCAGCUUCUCUCGCCACAAGAAGGCUCAUCUGGAGGAGGAGCAGCGCCACCGCGCCGCCACCGCCAAGCGCCGGAAGAGAGUCUUAGACGAGACCGCGCCGCUGGAGUCCGACUCCGAGUGACAUGACCCAGAUCUGGACUGGGUUCAGGACCUGCUCUGAGGUGGUCCUGAACCAGUGUUGGUUCUGGUUUGGGACCAUUUCUGGAAAAGUUCUAAUUUGAAAUUGUUCUGGAGGAGUUCUGGACCCGUUCUGGGCCAGGACCAGUUCUGGACCCGUUCUGGACCAGUUCUGGACCUCCAGCCUUCGGGACCAGGAGCCGGUUGGUUCUUCUCUGGUGUAAAUAGCAGCAGGACGUCCAUAUAUGGUCGGAUCCACUCAUUAUGGCCGUUAGAUAAUUUUUCUUCAGGAUGGGAUUAGAUUUGAACCCCCCCCCCCCCCCCCACACACACACACACUCUAUUUCCCAUCAGCCCCGGGACCUCUGCCCGUACAGCAUUGUGGGAAACUGAGUGUGAAACAGUUCAUUGAUCCUGAAACGUUCGAUUUAUUUGAUUCGUCAGUUUUAUUAUUUAUUCUGUUUUUUUCUUCAGUUUGUUUUGUGUUGACUUGAAUUCUUUGUCUCCGUGACGACAGUCAGCUGACGAUAGUCUCCAUGUUUGUUUCUCCUCCAGUCCACUUCCUCCCUGAGAGGAGAGGCUCUGAUGGUUCACUCUUAGAACCCGAGUCUACGACUUCCUCCUCAUUAACGUAUGCAUGAAGAAUAUUACCUGCGGCCCGUCGGCCAUGUUUGUAGUUUUUCAGCUGGGUGUGUGACGGUGACGUCGCUGGUCGGAGGGGGAACUGCACUUAUUUAUGAAUUUGGAACAAUGUUGUAUUAUUAUAUAUAUAAAUGGUAUUUAAAUGUGACUCACAAGUUAAAAAGACAAACUACAGAGCAGCCCUCGUGGGACUUUCAACUUCAUCAUCAUCAUCAUCAGCAGCAGCAGCAGCAGCAGCAGCAAGUGUCAAAUUAAAAGCCUCCAGAUCAGUUUAUUAACGAGGCGACAACUUUUAUUAUUUCACAUGUUGAAACGUUUCAAAGUGAAAACAAACACAAACAAGCUCCAUCCACUUCUGUGACCCCGCCCCCCCUCGUCUGACGAGACAGACUUUAAUGAUGAGCUAUUUAUAGAAUUAUAAAUUGACUUGAGUAGGACGUAAACAGAAGCCCCGCCCCCGUGACGGUUCACAUUAGAUCCAUGUUGUGUUGCUUGUUUUGGUUCCGUUGUCGAUUCCUCGGUUCCUCUGCAGAUAGAAACUCGUUCGUCAUCGUAUCGUGUUUGAAUAGAAUUUAAACAGUCGACAUGUUUUGUCUUGCGUUUUGUAAUAAACCUUUAAAAUAA